AAGCCUAAGAGAGGGAUGACUAGGGAAGUUGAAUGAUGUUGAUCCCACCAUUUAUUCUGUGGGAUGUGGGGUACUCGGUUUAUACGUAUGGAUCUAUCUUCAUUAUUGCACUGAUAAUUUGGCAAGUCAAAAGGAGCCACCGAGGGUUAAGGAUGGGACCUACCAAGAGCUGUGCCAAGUGUUUCCGAAGAAUCAAACAAACUCCUAGCGAUAGAUCGACAAGAGCUAAGAGAACAUCUAAGGAGGAAGCUGAGAAACUGCAGAAGCUGCUCGAUACCAUGAAAAGCCAGGGCUGGCUCCCUCAAGAAGGAAGUGUGCGGCGGCUCCUGUGCCCAGAUCCCUCUUGCUCAAUCUGCAAUGCCAUGACUCUGGAAAUCCAGCAGUUGCUGGGGAUUGAGAACAAAAGGACCUCUUCUAGUCUACUGAGGCCCUCCCGUAGCUUUUCUUGCCUGGAGGCAUUGUCUCUAUCAAAAGCGUUGGCUGACCGGAGUUCAGAGCUCACUUACCAAGACACCAGAGACGUUUCAUUAUCAUCCAGGUUCCCAAAGUCGCAAGAAACGGACCAGCAAUCUACGCGGUCAGCCACUCCGUCCAUUGGUGACGCUGUCCUCCAGUGUUACCAUUCUGCUCCUCAGCAACAGCUGGACCCUCAAGGGUCAAAAAUGACCCAGGAUGCAAAAGGUCUGUCAUCUUCAAGUACAGACGAACCUGGGGUUCCUGCAAACCAACAAAAGAAGAGGAAGAAAACCAAGAAACUUGCCUUGAAGAACCAAGCAGCGCCCACAGAAGCCGAAAUGGAAAACAAGAUGACAUUCUUUUCUCACUGGGUUAACCCUGAAGUGAAAUGCGACAGGCAGGAGGAAUCCCUUGUCUUCUCUAAGUUUGACACAGGGGCCAAACUCGUGACUGUAGAGCCUGAGAAGACUCACAGUCCUGUCAGAGACCAAGCAGAGGGAGCCGAGAAGAAGAAGAAGCCCGAAUGUGAUCUCAAAGCCAAGCCUCUCCGUGCGAAGAGGAACAUUUGACUUUCCUCGACUCCUACAGUGCCUGCAGAGCUCCAGCCAACGCCCCUUCUGCCCAACCAACCCUGGGCCCCAUGGCUACUCCCACAACUGCUUUGAAACUGUCUACAAUGCGUGUCAACCAGCUGAGAAAUCGAUGUCAGCUUUCCCCUCAGAAGGUUCUGGUUUGCACAAGGAGGAUAAGCAUUUCAAGCAAAAAGAAUUCUUAGGCUCCCAAAGUUCUGCAUCCUCCCUAACAAAGGCUGUCACCCGUCAUCCUGUCUACUCCCAAGCCAGUAUGCCAUGAUAUUCUCCAAAUAUACUCUAUACUUAUAAAGCA